CCACGAGGGCAUGACCGGUAACCCAGAUUUUCAUUGGUCGAAACAGCCACACCUCUGUCGCAGCGAUGGCGCGUGGAUUACUGUUUUGCAGAACUAAAAUUGUUCCGUUCUAUAAGUGUGUGCAAGACAUUGCAAGCAUAAACAAGAAGAGCAUAAGAUGUACUGCAUCACUGGCAGCAACAAGGGCAAUCCUGAAUCAGGAGCUUGAAAGCAUUCGCCAGGCAGGCACCUGGAAGUCGGAGCGAAUCAUUCUUUCAGCACAAGGUCCAUCCAUCAGAGUAAAAGGGCAGACAUCUAGCAUCCUUAACUUUUGUGCCAACAAUUACCUUGGGCUUUCAAGUCAUCCGGCAGUUAUUGAUGCAGGUCUCAAGGCACUAGAGCUGUAUGGUGCUGGCUUAAGCUCUGUUAGGUUUAUCUGUGGCACCCAGGACAUUCACAAGGAACUCGAGGAGAAAAUAGCACGUUUCCAUGGACGAGAAGAUGCCAUUUUGUACAUUAGUUGCUUUGAUGCUAAUGCUGGCAUCUUUGAAGUACUUCUUAGUCCAGAUGAUGCCAUCAUCUCGGAUGAGCUUAAUCAUGCCUCCAUCAUUGAUGGCAUUCGAUUGUGCAAGGCUCAGCGUCAGCGGUAUAAACACAGAGAUAUGGAAGAUCUGGAGAACAACCUAAAAAAUUCUCAGGGUAACCGACAGCGUCUCAUAGCAACAGAUGGUGUUUUUAGUAUGGAUGGCAAUGUUGCACCCCUUGAUAAAAUUUGUUCUCUAGCAGAUAAAUACAAUGCUCUAGUCUUCAUUGAUGAGUGCCACGCUACAGGAUUUUUUGGAGCAACAGGAAGGGGCACAGAGGAAUACCUUAGAAUACAAGGGAAAGUAGACGUCAUAAACUCCACCCUGGGCAAAGCCAUGGGAGGAGCAGCAGGUGGGUACACCACUGGUCCCAAGCAACUGAUUGACCUUUUGCGACAAAGGUCAAGACCAUACUUGUUUUCCAACACCUUGCCUCCUCCUGUGGUUGCCUGUGCCAGUAAGGCUUUUGACCUUGUGAUGAAGAGCUUGACGCUUUACAAAAUUUAUAUGUUUUGCAGAUGAUACAUUUUGAAACUUUAUGGUGCACAGGGAGAUCCAGAACAUCCUAUUUGCCCAGUCAUGAUUGGGGAUGCUCGACUUGCCAGUCAGUUUGCUGACAAAAUGCUAGACCAAGGAAUCUAUGUUAUUGGAUUUAGCUAUCCUGUGGUUCCAAAGGGCAAAGCCCGAAUUCGUGUCCAGAUCUCUGCUUCCCAUAGCAUGGUGGACAUCGACAGAGCAGUUGAUGCUUUCGUAAGGAUUGGGAGAGAGAUGAAUGUCAUCAGCUAGACAGUAAAUGUCUUAGGAGAUCUCUUCCUGCAAAAGCAAUUGUUUUUGUCAGAUCAGGUGAAGAGAACAAUAGAGGGAAAGGGUGAAUGAAAAUAAUUGUCUGGAGUAUAGUUGGGCAAUUAUUGUUUUUGAAUUGCUUUUAAAACAUGAUGUAUGUUUAUGUAAAACCAUCCUUUGUUAAUGUAUCAAAUUUGGCGUCUGAUUCACAUUGAAGCAGACAUGCAGCAAUGUUUUGAAGGGUUUUGUUGAUCUAAAAUUAAUCUCUUAUUUCUCUGUUACUGGUAGAUCCUUGCAAACUAAUUUAAAUUAAACUACAUAUAGAGAACAUGAAUGAAACAAAUACCUUUUUUUUUUUUUUAAUUUCAUGGGAAUUCCUAAAAGAAAAUACCUGAGUAUUUCAUUGGUAAAAGAAAAUAUUGAGGAUUUUUUAUUAAUCUUUAAGGUCUAUUUGUCUAGGUAAUCAAAUAAAUCAAAGCACAUGUAAACAAAUGAUAAACGUUUGUCAUGUGAUGUUUCUAACCCUGUUAUUAUUUUUUCAGAAUUUAUAUUUUCAUAUUUUAAGACUCUUUAUUAAUCUGUAAUCCCCUAGGGGGUUUUGAAAUAUUUUAAAAUAUAUAUACACACAUAUUCACAGACAUUCCUAUACAAUAUAUAUAUAUCACACACACACACACACACACACAUAUUUCACUGGCCGGUUUAUAAAAGCUAAUGUAUUAAAAACUAAUUUUCUGUAUCGCUCAUUCCUUCUAGCCCUUUAAAAUAUAUGUCCCGUUCUCAUUCUUAUGUAAGUCAUAGCUUCAUGCACAUACUCAUAUCCUCAUAUCAUAUCCUCAUAUCAUAUACAUAUCCUCAUAUCAUAUAUUGCUUUAUUUUUCUCUCUCUCUCACACACACACACACAUUCUUCUAGGUCACCAUCCUCAGUAAUAACUUUACAAAUCAAGCUAAUCUAUUGAGGGUCUUUUUAUUUUUUGAAGUUAAUAAUGAAAGGAACCUAUACGCAUUAGGAUUGUGAGCAUGGUAAGGUGAUAAAUUAUUUUUACAUUGAUCAGAAAACAAGAACAGUGAUAAAUAAUUUUUAUUAUUUACAUUCCAUAAUGAUGACAUAUUUAUCUGUGGAAAUGCAGUUGUUGGUUAUGGCAAGAGCACAUUAACUGUCUUUUUUUUUUUUUGGCUUGUGCAAUUAGUGUAACAAUUUCUAAGCAAAUGAACAAGAGCCUUUGAAUGGUAUAUCUUUUGAACUCUUGUGAAUGAAGAGCUAUGUCAAGUCUGUGACAAGCAUGGGCUUAAAGCAAUUAGUUCCCAGCAAAAAUGUGAGAUUAUUGAUUGAACAGUUUUGAAAAUUAUUGAUAUGCUAGAGCCAUUUGUUUUGCAUUUCUAUAGAUUGUAAAAGAAAAAGAUUGACAGGUAUUGUUUGACUUGAGAUAACCCAUUCAAUUGAUAAGGUUUGUUUUCAGUUUUGUUCAUCACAGGUUCUUAACACAUGUAUUCUUUUUGGAAGACAAGUAUUUCAGCUAGUAUUAGUUUGUAUUUUUUUACAAUUAGUUCCCUAAAUCUCUACAAAAGAGUACUUUUAUGCUGUUUUUCUUAUAUAGACUGAUAACAUCUUUGUUAUUUUUUUAUUUUACCUUUGUGAAGAACAAACAUUGUUAAUUAUUUAAUUUUAUUAGUGUGCUGUUGUGAUAGAGCUACAUAUGUGUUGAAACUGAUUUGUUGGAACAAAUUUUUUUAUGGAGUUUUUUUUUUUUCCUGUUCACCAUGUAUACAUUAUAAAACUAUUUUUAAGAAAACUAAUGUUUAGUAAAUGUCAGUCUUAUGUUAAUCCCUAAUGUAAGACUCAGAAAUCUAUUAUGUAUUAACACUGAAACUGAAAGUAUGCUAAAGCCUAAAAGUAUCAAUCAGAGCAAAAACAAGUCUGCAUACAUAUAUAUAAAAAUACGUGAGAGCUGUCAGUUUUAAUAUUUACCCAAGCAUUAUUGAAAUUUUAAGAAAUCAGUGAUAAAGGCAAUAAUUUAACAGAUGGCAUCAGGAACCACAUGCUUUUUCAACCUAAUUGUUACUGUUUUCCUUCCCAGCUAUCAAGUUUUUUAACAAAAUUCUGUGAGGGAUAGUGGGUGUAAUGUUAUGCGCCAUGUGGCAUCAAAAUAUGUUCCAACAUAAUGAUUGGGGAAAUCUUUGAAAAGGCUGGAGGUUUUCCUUACUGGCCUCAGUUAUCUUCUCAAGGUCAAGGCUAUCAGUUGCAAAGAUAUUUAAAUGUUUGUUAAAACUCAGUGCAUUCAUAUACUAGUUUUAAACACUUGAAACAAUACUGUUCCUUCUUUAACUGUGUAUAUAUAAUUGAAUUUGUAAAGCCAUUUCGUCAUGUCAAUGUGAGCACAAUGUCCUAUGCAUAAAAGACUAGAAACAAAACCAACAGUCAUACAAGAAACAUAAGCAUCAGCUAACAGAUGACACCAUGGCAAACAUGAACUAAGGGCAUUGAGGAAGGUGAACAACUGAGGAAUGAGCUUUGAUUAUGUAAGAUAUGCACUUCAUUUGUGCACUCUUUCUGUUCAUAUGGAGGACCACAGUUUACAGAUGCCUUGAUAAAGGCACAUAUUUUGAUAUCACUUUUAUUACAUUUUCUGAUGUCUUUCAGAGAGUAUAUGCUAUGGUUGGCAGGGUAUCUUUCUUCAUUACCUUGCUCCCUUGUACACAUACUUCUUGCUGUUAUAGCAGUAGCAGCAGCUUUCGGGUGUGCUGGAAUAUAGAGAUUAUUUCUCAAAUAUUGUAUGAUCUCUUUUUCAGUAUAUCAUUUUGGCUAUAGUUCUACUUUUUAUGGAUACCAAGGUUUUCAGGAUUAUUUUCUUUUAAUAAUAUAAACAUUUUUGGUUAAAAGUGGUUUAAUGGUUUUGGUGAUAAAGAAAUUAUUAUUAGAAAAUUAAGUUGGUGAAUGGGUGAUUGCUUGAUCAUUAAAAAUGUAUUUUAGUGGCUGCUUCUGACUAAACAUUUGGAUUUUUGAAAAGUGUUAUAGUUUUGUCAUAAAUCUGGUUUUAUGACUGUUGUUUUGUAGUUGCCUUCUGUAAUCCUAUUCCUUAUAUAUUCCAUUUUAAAAAUGUUAAAAAAAAUUGGUAUAAAAUAAACAUCAAAUGUUUUUCCUUUAAA